UUGCAGACGAGUUUUACUUAAAUUAUAAUAGCUUACCUGCAAAUAAGAUAUCAAUUUAGUUCCUAUGAUCACGAUGGCAGUUUCAGAAGUUUACAUGGUUUCGUUUGCGCUGUUGUGUAGUUGCUUUUGCUGGGCACUUUGUUCGGAAUGCUCUUGUGCCAAGGUUGAACGGGAAUGUCACAGCAAGAAAGAUGAAUACAUGGAUCUAUUUAAGUUCUUCAUGGACGCAUGUAAACUUGAUAAUGCCUCAUCGACUGCUAUUCUUUCUGAAAUGGAAAACAUCAAACAACGCCUAGAUCUCCUUGAAGGCAGACAAGGUUCUGUUCCGGUUGUAUUGUUCAGGGCGAAAACAAUUCCGGAUUACCAAAUAAGACCCACCCAGAAUCAAAUAUUCAGAUUCACCGAUGUCAUGGCAAAUGUUGGGAACGGCUAUGAUCCGGCAACGGGAAUAUUUACAAGCCCAACCACUGGAACAUACCUAAUCACAGUGCAGUUUUGUUUUUCUCUGAACUUUCAGGGGUUUUACUUCGUCCAUGAUAUAAUUGCUGACGGAAUAACAGUUCUGCGAUCUAACUAUGCAGAGGAGACUGGCAAAUCAAGCGACUGUCAAUCACACGAUGUAAUUCUUAGACUUGAAAAAGGGUCUGAAGUAUACCUCAAAUAUAUUUAUGAUACCACAAACGAAAUAGUUAUUGGAUAUGAUGAAAGAUCUAAAUGGAAUAUGUUUUCAGGAACACUUCUGAAUUUAUAAAUGAUAUACACAGUAUAGGUCAGCCCCAUUUAUUGAAGAACGCAGUUUUGUUUUGCCUCAUUAGCCCUAAUGGCGACGACAAUGUGUUGUCUUCUAAAACUUUAACGCUGACUAUUCCAUGAUUUACAUACCACGUGAUACUACGUCAUAGGUAAACAGAAUGUUGAUGGAUAUUUCGGAUAUUUUUCAUCCGACAUGACAUCGUUUCACUUUUUAUACCAAUGUUUAACUACAUGACCAAAGUAAACAUGUAACGUAUUUGUCACAUUAGAUGUUACACUACUAAAUACUUUAUUUAAGACAUGUUCAAGUUGUGAAGUGACAUACAUGUACGCGUACAGGAUACCGAUUUGCUGUCAAGUUGUUGGAAAUGUAACACGUGCUUACUAAUACAAUGUACAACACAUAUUAUUGAAACGUUACCCCGUGUAAGCACAAACAUUAUCAAAAAAGACAAAUACCAGUCUCCCUUUGCAUGUUACGGUAAUCACCGGUGUAUAAGGCCUAAAAAUGUUUGGUUACGGUUAGAUCUUGUCCAAAAUCAUGUAGUGUAGGUAGGCUUUUUAUUUCUGUAUAUUAUGCUUUAUGUAAGAACGUUUUUGUCACUAUUGGGUGCUGGCGUGAACGUUAUCAGUAUAUCAGAACUUAUCAAUAUAAAGCUGUUUAAAACUUGAAAUUCAAACACACAGACAAAAAAAUAUCCCGUUAAAUCAACAGACAUUAAGAACAGUAUGAUCGGUGCCUUUUUUCCAUAGAUAGUGCUAGUUAACAUUAGCAAUUGAACAGUAAUAUUAGUACUUACACUUCUUUAAAGUUAUUCAUGUUAAAUGUUAAAGUUUGUGAUAAGGCAAAUUUAAUUUCACAUAAUAUUAGGUAAUUAUUACAUUGAUUGCAUUAAUGUUUUUGUUUGUGCUAGCGUUUUUUGCUUUGCUAAGUCUAUAAUAUUAUCUUGAUCUUACGUAAUACAUAUUGACGUCUUUAAAAUAUUUGCCUUCAUAUAUAUCCUGUUUUGAAGUAACUUUUAUCUUAUAUCUCUUUUAGAUUUAUCUUGUUAACUAAGAAUGUAAAAAUGUAUGUUUGUUAAUGGAUAAUUCAUAAGCUUUAAUGUUGAAUAUUGUUAGAUGUAUAACUAUUUAAAAGAAAAAUGUGUUAACAGUUGUUCAUGUAUGUACCAUUUGCUUAAGUUUCUUUGAUUCUGUUUUCGCUUUUUUAAUAAAAGUUGAUAGAUGAAAGUCA